UUGGUGACGUCUGCCUGCUAUUCUAUCGGAUUACUCUAUGUAUUUCACCUCUUUGGUAUUUUAACUUUUUGGUAUGGAAUCAGCCAAGAGCUAUCCUCAUGGAUUGUACCAAAAAUCGUGCUCAAAUUCACUACAGUAUUAAUAUUCGUUGUUAUCACAUGUGUACUAACUUACUUCAUCAACAACAAUCCUGCUUACGUUGGAAUAUUUAUAGCUAGGGGACUCAAUGUUGACUAUCUUGAUUAUGAAGGUGCGAUUGAUAUCGGUGCUACAGUACUUGUUACCGUGUCCGCUGCAAUGGCUAUGGGUCACAUUUGGCUGCUAGUGCUGCUAAUUGGUUGCUAUAAAGACGUAAGGAAGAAAGAAAUAGAACUGCUGGUUGAGAAAGCGAUGAAGAAAGAAAAAGCAAAAUUCGAGAAGCGACCAAUAGCAGGAAGAGAAGGGGGAUUGUACACGACGUUUAUAUAAUG